AUGGAAGAAUCACAGCAACCAAGGCACAUGAUAUUCUUGAUUCUUGUAAGAAGGGAGGCUACUAAUCCUGAUAAUCUUGUGCGACGAAUCACUGGCAGUAAGUGCUACACGUUAUCUGGAAAAACUGCUGUGAAAUGGGGAACUGAUAAUGAGGAGAAAGCAAGAUAUAAGUAUGUUGAAACAGAAAAAGCUAACCAUAAACAUAUGAAAGUGACAACUUUUAUUCUGCCUGAACUGGUCACACGCAAACUGGAACAUUCUUACAUGCCAUCAAAUGAAAAUGAAUCAAUGGAUGAAACUGGUCAAAAUGUUGAUGAAAAGGAACUUUGGUGUCUUUGUCAAGAACCAGAGUAUGGUCGUAUGAUCAAGUGUGUAAAUGAAGACUGCCCUACUCAAUGGUUCCAUUAUGAGUGUGUUAAUAUUAGAAGGUGCCCAAGAGGAAAAUGGGUGUGUCCUGAAUGCUCAGAGGCACAGGAUUAG